CUGAAGAACACGCACGCCGUGUUGUGGUUAAUGAAUCGCUGCCGGCCAGCAAAAAAAAUCCACAUUUCGUGAUAGGCAUUCAAUUCUGACGUUGAAACUGCUGUCAAGUGAUGCGACAGGGUGGAUCUAUACCUCCGUACCGCCUUCGAUUUAUCAAUCAUCCAGCCACUAUUACCGCGCAUCAUCCCGUUCACCCAGCCCAUUGCGUCGAGUCAGCCGAAAAAUAAACUGCCCCAGCCUUGCCGUCGAGGCUGCCAAACAUUCAGUGCAACGGCGCAACGUGGCGUGAAGAAGCCCAGAAACAGAGGUUGACUUUAGUUGAUUGCACUCGCUCUGCUGCCUUGAGGCAUCGUCAUGGCUUCCACCUCGGCAGACGUAUCGGACCGGGCCGCUGACACCGUCAUGCGACCCCGGCCGCGGAAGCCAAUUCAUUCUCAGCUCUCACACAUGAGCAACGUGUCCAAGCCAAACAGUGCGCUCGAUACCCCCAGCAAUGAUCAUGGCACCGGGACGACGAGUGGCCGCUCGACACCAGUACCCCUUGACGCACCUCCGUCAGUCAAGUCCCUCUCGACAGCCCGCAGGCAAGUCCGCGCAGAGCAGCGCCGCCGCCUCUUCCCCACGAUUGAGUUCGCUAGCCGCGUCUCCCACUUCGACCCGAACAGCGAUUAUCGCGAUUUCCAUGGCUUCUUCAACCUCUUCUGGAUUGGCCUCGCCAUCAUGGCCAUAACCACGAUGCUGCGCAACAUCAAAGACACAGGAUACCCUCUCCGUGUCGAGAUUUGGUCCCUCUUUACCGUGAAGUUGUGGCACCUGGCCAUCGCCGACUUCCUGAUGGUUGCCACAACCGCCAUAUCUUUGCCGUUGCAUCGCCUUUUUCGCGCCGCGCCGGCCGGCGGUCCCUUGACGUGGGCGAAGGGUGGUAUGGCCAUCAUGAGUGUAUACCAAGUCUUGUGGCUGACCUUCUGGAUUGCUGUGCCUUUCUUGUUGGAUUGGACUUGGACUUCGCAAGUUUUUUUCCUGCUCCAUGCUAUGGUGAUCUUGAUGAAGAUGCACUCAUAUGCCUUCUACAAUGGCCAUUUGAGCGAAACCGAGAAGCGCUUGCGCGCCCUCGACAACCCAUCAACCGCCUCGCGAGCCCCGGCCUAUCUUUACCCGACAUCAGAUAAUCCCAUGGGCACGAUAGCUAGCCCUACGAGACCGGAAGCAAGAGGCAAGGGCGGUGGUGAAGACGGUGCGCUUGGGGAUGCGGACGCGGUUGCCCAACUGCGCGAGGACCUAGCUCGAGAGUUGACGAGUCCUAUCGGUAACAUCACGUACCCAGCGAAUUUGACCUGGGCAAACUACGCGGAUUACAUUUGCUGUCCCACUCUCUGUUACGAAAUCGAAUACCCACGGACGGACAAGGUUGAUUGGAAGAAUUUAAUUUCCAAGAUAGUCGCCAUCUUUGGCUGCAUCUUCCUUCUAACAGUCAUAUCCGAAGAGUUCAUUCUGCCAGCUCUUGUUGACGCUUCCCGAAGGCUUGAUCCGUCCCUCAGACCCGCCGACUCGCCCCUGGCAACCACCGACGUGCUGCUAAUCCUCGCCGAGACGAUGUCGUGGCUGCUCUUCCCCUUCAUGUUGACCUUCCUGCUCGUCUUCCUCGUCAUCUUUGAGUACGUACUCGGCGCCUGCGCCGAAAUCACGCGCUUCGCGGACCGUCACUUCUACAGCGACUGGUGGAAUAGCACCGACUGGAUGGAGUUUUCGCGCGAGUGGAACACUCCCGUCUACAGCUUCCUCCGUCGCCACGUCUACAGCGCCAGCCGCCCGCACAUCGGCAAGGCUAACGCCACCGUCAUUACCUUUUUGAUCAGCGCCGUGGGUCACGAGAUCGUCAUGGCGUGCAUCACCAAGAAGCUACGCGGCUAUGGCUUCGUCUGUCAGAUGUUGCAGCUACCUAUUGUCAUGCUGCAGCGGACGAGAUGGGUCCGAGGCAAGAAGACACUAAACAAUGUGUGCUUUUGGUGCAGCAUGAUCAUGGGGCUGAGCUUGAUCUGCUCGCUAUACGUCCUGGUAUGAAGUACAUACCAGUGGCUAUUGAGUGCCAGGCAGUCAGCGUGUGGCACGUGGUACACUCCGCCCCAAGACUGACAAGGGAACUAUUGGGGGGAAUUGCCAUUUAUUUGUGUGACCACCUGGCUCUGUGACCAGUGUUCCCCCACGACCCCAUGGCCGACGCAUCUGAGCAAGUACUCAGCAAGGCGAAGCAUUCCCCAAUCUCGGGCAGUCAGGCCUGAAUGGUAGAUCGGAAGAAUGCAUGACGUGGAUCUGUGAGACCAGUGAAGGGAAGGGAAGGCAAUACAGCUGUGCAAGCAUUGUCUUCACGAAGCAUUCACGUAAGGAACAGAAGAUACCCGCUAGCGUUCAAAUAAUCGUGCAUACAUCGAAGAUGGUACACCAUCAGUUCCACUUGUGAGGUAGAUAGUAUAGUAGAUGAUAUGUGCUUGUCGUACAGCGAAACAACAGGGAGCCUGGAG